CGGCCUCUGGGAACUGCUUCUCCCCUGCUCUCUCUCGUGUUUGUCGGCUGGGAAGGCACUGGACGGCGGGGGCUCCUCGGCGCUGCUCCCAGAAGGGGGUCUGGAACCAUGGCGAUGACUGGCCCAGCACCUUGUUCAUCUAUGAGCAACCACACCAAGGAGCGAGUUACAAUGACAAAGGUGACAUUAGAAAACUUCUACAGUAAUCUGAUUGCGCAGCAUGAGGAACGAGAAAUGAGACAAAAGAAGCUAGAAAAAGUUAUGGAAGAAGAAGGCUUAAAAGACGAAGAGAAAAGAAUGAGGAGAUCAGCACACGCCCGAAAGGAAACAGAGUUUCUGCGCCUAAAAAGAACAAGACUUGGGUUGGAAGACUUUGAAUCUUUAAAAGUAAUAGGCCGAGGAGCAUUUGGAGAGGUGCGGCUUGUUCAGAAGAAAGAUACAGGGCAUGUGUACGCAAUGAAAAUACUACGGAAAGCAGAUAUGCUUGAAAAAGAGCAGGUUGGCCACAUUCGAGCAGAACGUGACAUUCUAGUGGAGGCAGACAGUUUGUGGGUGGUAAAAAUGUUCUAUAGUUUCCAGGAUAAGCUGAACCUCUACUUAAUUAUGGAGUUUCUGCCUGGAGGUGAUAUGAUGACAUUAUUGAUGAAAAAAGAUACUCUAACAGAAGAAGAAACUCAGUUUUAUAUAGCAGAGACUGUGCUGGCUAUAGAUUCAAUUCAUCAGCUGGGUUUUAUUCAUCGUGAUAUCAAGCCAGAUAAUCUCCUGUUAGACAGUAAGGGCCAUGUGAAACUAUCCGACUUUGGUCUCUGCACUGGACUUAAGAAAGCACAUAGAACAGAGUUCUAUAGAAAUUUGAGCCACAACCUUCCUAGUGACUUCACUUUUCAGAAUAUGAACUCCAAAAGGAAAGCAGAAACUUGGAAAAGAAACAGGCGGCAGCUGGCCUUCUCUACAGUGGGAACUCCAGAUUAUAUUGCUCCAGAGGUCUUUAUGCAGACAGGCUACAAUAAGCUUUGUGACUGGUGGUCACUUGGGGUCAUCAUGUAUGAGAUGCUAAUUGGUUACCCUCCUUUCUGUUCAGAGACUCCUCAAGAAACUUACAAGAAGGUGAUGAAUUGGAAAGAGACCCUAAUAUUCCCUCCAGAAGUUCCAAUCUCUGAGAGAGCCAAGGAUCUUAUUCUAAGAUUUUGCUGUGAAUGGGAGCACCGAAUUGGUGCCCCAGGUGUUGAAGAAAUCAAAACAAACCCCUUUUUUGAAGCCGUUGACUGGGAGCAUAUCAGGGAGAGACCAGCGGCAAUAUCCAUAGAAAUCAAAAGUAUUGAUGAUACUUCAAACUUCGAUGAAUUUCCGGAAUCUGAUAUCCUUAAACCAGCAGUGACCACAAGCAACCAUCCAGAGACAGACUACAAGAACAAAGACUGGGUCUUUAUAAAUUAUACCUACAAGCGAUUUGAAGGCCUGACAGCUCGAGGGGCAAUACCUUCAUACAUGAAAGCAGGAAAGUAGUGACUCACAACAAAACUAUUCCUGAACCUUCAUUCUUUCUUGUCAGCACAAGUUUUUUCUCCUAUGCUUCAUAAACUUUAUCUGAGGUCUGUGAA